AUGACAUCAUCUAUAUCAUCUUCAUUGUCAAUGCCAAGUCCUGAAUUAAUUCGAACUUCAAAACCUCAUAAAUAUUAUUCUGUUGAAAUCGGAAUAGUUAUUCUUUUUCUUUGUUUGACUAUUCCAUGUCUAAUUAUUAUUUUACUUAUUUAUCGUCAACAAACAUUUUCACCACCGUCCUCAGCGUCUACAACAACAGAAUUUUCUUCUGAUACAAAAUUUCAUCGUAUAUCAUUAAUAAACUAUUCUCAAGCCCGUUGUAUGGAUAAUAGUGUCGCUUCAUAUUAUAUACAUAUAGCAAAUAAUAAUGAACAUUCGCGUUGGUUAAUCUAUUUCGAUGGUGGUUGGUUUUGUUAUUCAAAUGAAUCAUGUGAAUUUCGUCGACAAUAUUCACCGAAUUUUAUAACAUCAAAUAAUUUUAAUAAAGAAAUCCUUUUCAAAGGAAUAUUUUCUUCAUUUCAACAAUUCAAUAUCAUCUAUGUACCCUAUUGUUCAUCGGAUUUAUGGUCGGGUUCGUCGAAUACAACACAUUCACAUGGUCAUGAUAUAUUUCAUGCCAUAUUUCAUCAACAUAAUUAUUUUUCGAAAGCAAAACAACUCGUAUUUGUAGGUUUUUCAGCCGGCGGCAUUGGUUUACUAUUGAAUUUACCGGAUUUAUUACGAAAAUUUUCACCGAAAAUUGAUCUUCGUGUAAUUAUUGAUUCAGGUUGGUUUAUCGAUUAUUCAAAUAAUUCACAUGGCGUAUCGAAAAUUAAUCAAGGGAUGAAUUAUUGGAAUACACAAAUAUCAAAAUCAUGUCAAUUAACAUCUCGUCAUAAAUGUUUAUUAGGAAGCGAAGCUAUUAAAUUAUUUCCUUCAAAUGUUAAAAUUUUUAUUAUACAAUCCCUAUUGGAUUUAACACAAUUACAAUUCGAUAAAAUACAUAUAAACUCGUAUGAUUUCUCAUUGAAACUUAUCGAUAAUCUUCGUCAAUCAAGUAAUCGUAUAUCGAUAUUUGCACCAUCGUGUUCUUUACAUGGGUUUUUAUUUCGUUCGAUUUGGUCUAAAUUUAAGAUUAAACAAAGAACACUUUCAUCCGUACUUAAUCUAUGGUUAAAAAGAAACAAGACUUUUCCUAUACAUUUAAUUGAUCAUCAUUUUUAUUCAAGCUAUUGCCCACUAAACUAUGAUGAUUCUUCAAAUCCAGAGAUGUUCUAA